CACAGUGCGUUGGGUAAACUGACGUUUGGCAACAGCGCAAAUUAUUUUCUUUCAUACUUGUCGGCCGCGGUAAUUUCUUGAACGACGCAAGAACGUCGCAUCCCCGGCAAUCCGGUGGCAGUACUCAUGUUACACCGGUGCCUUGUGGCAUGGUCAGGAAUUGGCCUUUAGCAACGAACUAGGUUGAAGUUGUAAAUUAAUUUUAAAAAGUUGUAGUGUUGGUUUGGUGAAUGUUCUGGUCAAUGCUGAUUCUCGUGGCCGCUGUUGACGCCUGCUGCGAUAAUGCUUCUCGACCUCGCCCGGAGGCCCAGGAGCCACCAGCCCGGGACCUACCGCACGGGAUCCAACUACCUACAGCCCCAUACCCAGCAAGAAGGUACCCACCAUUUCAGGCCCGCAGAGCACACUUUGAACUUCCACCGCCCGAAGACUCUCAAAAUACAAAAGGAAAUGAAGAUUUAUUUGGACAGAACCCUCCUCUAGGUCCCUAUCCACCGCUAUCGGACCUCAAAGGGUACAAUUUGCCACCACCUCAAAUACCAAGAUACCAAGGUCAAGAAUUUCCCAGAGAAGAAAGUUUGGAAUAUCUGACACCGCGUGGACAAGGCAUUCUAGAUGGUUUAGCUUUAAGAUCCCACGCGUUAGAACCAAAUAGACCAAGGAUGCAGAACUCCGAUCUCUAUCCAGGGUUUCAACAAAACGGGGGGUACAGACCAUUGAACCCAUGGUAUGGACUACCAGUGCCAACUGAACCCAGCUAUCUGCCGGGGCUUCAGCAAGGGAUAAGACCACUGAACGUGGCGUAUGGAAAGCCAGUGCCAACCGCUAUGGGCCCGUACCCUCAGCGAAGGCUGAAGCCGAUACAAUUAUUUCCAACGCAAGGUCAAGCGCAGCUCGCACCGCUGCGAGAUAUCGAGUCCUCUACAAAGAGAAACGAGCCACGUUUCGACAACUGGGGGCUAAGCACUCAAGGACGAGGCCGCAGCCAACCGCUGUCCCUAGAGCAGUUCGGGCCGCUCGCGCCGCCGCAAUUACGCAGCAGGAACAGCCCUAAUCAAGCCCGGGUGACAACAGAGUACUCCGAGGAGAAGAUCUACGUGAGGCCGGUCACACGGGGGACAUUCGUGACACAUGGCCUGUUACGGCAUUUAACCGAAACGACGACACAAUCUCCGCCCCCGUUGUUGAGAGACGAAGACGGAUUGAUGGAGGAGUUGGCCCCCGAGUCGGGUGACAGGUCGAGUUUCAGUGAGGAGCGCGAACAACUGCCGAAGCUCCCACCAGGCGCAGGCCUGCCAAACACUUUCGACAAUAUAUUGUAACAUUAACAUGAGUAUCAUUCAUUGAGAGACGGUGGAUUUGAAGGAGUUUGCAUCCGAGUCGGAGAACAGGUCGAUGUUCCGUGAGGAGCGGAAACAACUACCAAAGCUUUCAUAAAACGUACCAAACACCUUCGACGGUAUCUUAUUACUUUUAAAUUAACAUUUCAUUAAGGAACGACAACGGAUUCGAUACGAGUUGGAACCUGACAAGGAAAUAUGUCGCUGAUCAGUAAAAACUAUUACAGACACAACAGCUGAUACUUCGUCCGGACGCGUCAGGAGUCUUUGAUAAUAUAGACCGGUACAACCACUUUAAUAAGAUAGCAUUUCAUUGAUCACCACACCGUCCAGGUAAUCCAGCACAAAAUUUAAAGUAAAUAAAUUAAAAUGACCUUAAACGGGUUACUAUCAAAUGUACCUUAUCGCUAAAGGACAAUGCGCACGAAGCAACUGUACUGACUU